GAAACAUAUAUUGAGGAAACCUCCACCACGUUUUACUGUUUCUUAAGAAGCUUUGCAUUUCAAGAGAGGACAUUAUGGUUAUGCUGAAGAUUUCAUCUUUCCUUGCUGUUUAUGCCUUGGUUAUGUGCCAGAUGGAUAGCUCCCAGGCAACCCCACUCAGACCUGGCUUAGACUCUAUAACGGAUCGAGUGACACUCAGUGAUUACGAAGCUCGGCGGUUAUUAAAUGCGUUGGUGAAAGAAUUUGUUCAGAUGACAGCGGAAGACCUGGAACAAGCGACUGAAGGGAAUAGCCUGGAUAGACCUAUUUCCAAACGCUGCGCCAGUCUGAGUACUUGUGUGCUGGGCAAACUGUCUCAAGAAUUGCACAAAUUGCAAACUUACCCUCGUACUGACGUCGGGGCUGGAACUCCUGGCAAGAAAAGGAAUGUGCUGAAUGACCUGGAAAAUGAACGCUAUGCAAACUAUGGGGAAUCCCUGGGAAACAAUUAAACAUGCUUAUUUUCACCCUUCUCCCUUUUUUUUUAACUUGAUGCAUGUGGAUCUAACCUUGAUUGCUAACUUUGCUAUGUUAUUUUGGUUCUGUUUUCGACAGAGAAUGUUUGAGAUGGACUUAAAGUUAGGACGAUAAAGAACACAACACACAUACCAAGUUAGAAAAAAAUAUAUACCAAAUAAAAUAAAAAAGAAUGAACAGCACUGCCUUGAGACGUCAACUGAUUUUCUUAGACAUUUAUUUUAAAAAAAUCUAAACAAAGCUUUUCAUUUCUAGCUUUUACAUGUACAGAUAAACUCUUCUUUCAUGCCUGCUCAUGCACUUGUUCAAUAAACCUAUUUUUCUAUGAGGAUUGGGCCUGUUGUUUUAAUUAAUUGUGUUGGAAUGCAAGAUUUCUAGAAAAGUUUUACAAAUCUUUUCAGAACUGGAGAAGAGCAGAACAAUACAAAAGUUGUAUAAUAAUUUAAUUCCAGAAUAGCUGAACAAUUUGACUAUGUUCAUAUACACUAGGAGAACUCCUAGACCCUUUUAAUGUUUUCUAUAUGUAUGUGUGCAUACAUAAUCAGUCACACACACAAUCUUAGCUAGUAAAACAAUUUCAAAAACUUUUGAAAUGGCUAAGCUUCAAGAAAUGCAUGUAUUAACUAGUGUGAAAACACUAGAAAUGUAAUCCAGGUUUAAAACUGUUCUCAUUGAACUCAUCCAGGUAAGAACUUUAAUAUUCCUUUUUCAUUUUCCUUAAAAUUAUUUACAUGAAGCUUCUUUACAGUGAUGUAUUACCACGAUUAACUGGAUUUUUUACAUGUAUAUCAGUUUUAGAAAUAACCUGUGAGGUAGACUUGUAUAUUAAAAGAAUGAAAAAGGGGAGCUUUCAUAUCUGGGUAAUUCAUUUAAAAUCUUGUUUUCUGUUAAUUCUUUUACUUUAAUACAACAGAUUUAGUGCUACUUUUGUACCUCUUUAACUUUUUUUUCCUCUGUACUACAUAUAUUUCAUAAUAUGGGAACUGUUCAGAAAACAAUUGUCAUGUUACCAGGGAUGUUUUCUAUGGUACUGUCUCUGGGCCUGUCUAUAGUCCUAACUCAAGCAACAUUCCCAUAGAUUUCAGUAGGAGAUUGGCUUGAACAAAGACUAUAGAAAUAUGUACUCUAAGGCCCCAGUCCAGCAAUACACAUAAGCAUAUGCUUAAUUCUAAGCAAGUGAGUAUUCCCAUUGAAAUCAGUAGGAUUACUAAAAUGCUUAAUGCUUUGCUCAGUGAAGGCUUAAAUAAAGAAGAAAGCUGUUUAAAUAGUGCAAUCAGAUAUACGGAAGAAGGAAAAUGACUAUGUGCAGUUCAACACUGAAAAAUUAUUAAAAAAUCCCUGGCAACUUCUUACUCUAGAUUUAGUUCCUGGAUGAAAUCCUUGCCCAAUUGAAGUCAAUGACAAAAUGUCCAUUGACUUCAAUGGGGCCAGGACUUCAGUCCUUUUGUGUGUUCUGACAUAGCUGCUGAUCUGAGUACCUAAAAUAGGUUUUUUUGCUACUAUACUCCAUCAGCACUACAGAACCAACUCAGCUGAGGCUUAGCUAGAUUCUUUUACUCCUUAUGCAUUAUCAACAGUUGUCUGUUAAAUUUCAAUUAUUUGCUGGUGGGAAUGGAGUUGAUCAAGUGUUAUUGAGGGGAUAAUUUUGUCUAGACAACCUUAACUAUUGGUGAUUAUGUGCAAGAAAGAAGGAGCCCAGUCUGACUUUCACAACCUGAGCUGAGUCUGUAGCACCUGCUAGCUAGAAAAAGAAAAAUAUUUUUUAAACUCAUAAACUGAGUGAACAAUAUGUAAAUCCUUGAAACACAAUAAAUAUGGAACUUCACAAUCCCAUUUUUAUAGAGAUACUUUUCCAGGUAGAACCACACCUUAUUGAUAUAAGCAAAGUAUUUUUUACAGUCUCUCUAUGUAAAAUAUAUGUUU